UUUCUCCAUGUUUCUAUCCGUGCUCUUCUCCUUACUACCUUGUAAGAGCCCCUUUUUAGUGAACGAGACCAACCUUUUCUAACAUGGUUUGCAAAUAUUUCCCUAGUUUAUUAUUUGCUUUUUAAGAUUUCAGUAGAAAAUAACAUGCAUUUUUUAAAAUGUUAACGUGUGAGAAAAAUAGAAAAACUGGAAAUCGUCGUUGGGAACAGCCUGCCAGUGUGCGCAGAGGCAGCACUGGCUGGUUUCCUUUGUACCCUUUCAAGAUUUUGCGUUUGCUGUUUUCUGUUAUUCACCUAAAAGGGAAGCUCGGGGGGCAGAAGGGUGGCCAUGCUCUAACGGUCGAUACUUGUUAGAUUUUUCACUUGCAAACUGUCUUCGUGGCGGUGCGUUCCGUCGGUUUUGUACACCCGGUGUGUGCAGGGUGGACUCGGAGGCGGAGUGAGGGGGAGGUUGGGGCCUUAAGACCGCCCGCCCCGCAUUGUUGUCACAUGAAUGUUUUAAUUUCCGUUCCCCGAUGACUGGUCAGGUUGAAACUGUUCGUGUGCCUUUGUAUUUCCUUUUUUGUUUUCCUUUGUAUUUCCUUUGUGAUCUGCCAGCUUAUACUCUUUUCCGUAUAUGUUGAAAACACUCUUCACAAACUGACAUUUGACUCCAGUUAUGGUGCUUUGUUCUGGUUUGGGGUUUUUUGAAGAGAUUUCAAGUUUUUAAUCGUAACAUAUUUACUCCGAAGGCUUUUGAGCUUUGCUUUGUCUUAAAAGACUUUCCCCACGCCAAGAUUAUUUUUAAAAUAGACUCUUGUUUUUCUCUGGUACUUGUGCAAUGCUGGAUCCAUCUGGAAUUUAUUUUGGUGUGGGGUGAGUUGGGAAUCCAGCUUCAUUUUUUUCCUUCUAUGCUAUUUCUAACACUACCUACUGAAUAAUUCAUCUUUCCAUUGAUUUGGAAAACCAACUUUGUCAUGCAUUAAAUUCUUACAUGUCUUUGGGCCCAUUCUGGAAUUUGGUGGCUUUGAUGUGCAUAAGGUAUUAAUUUUCAUGCAGCAAAUGUGGGAGUCUCUGCCCAGCAGGUUUCUGCUUUUGCUAUUUUGCUUAGAACAGCCCUUCCCACCUAAAAUAAUACAAAUGUAUCUACACUUGUAUUCAGGUCCUUAAAAUGUGAUCUAAAAUUUCAACUCUUACUCAUUAGUUAGCCUAGUGGAUUUAUUAGACUGAGAUGAUCUAAUUUUUUCUGGCCAAAUUUUUUUGUUUGUUUGUUUAAAUCUCUUUGCCUCCCUCUACUUUCUGGGAGAUUUGUUGAAUUUUAUGUAAAGGCAUAAUUUUGCUUUUCCUAAAGCAUUUAAAAAAUUUUGUCUUCGCACCAUUUAUUGAAUCAUCUUUCCUGAGCAAUUUGAAUUGUCUCAUCUGUUCUUCAUUUGUUUAUACAGACUUGGCCCUGCUCAGCCCCGUUCGGUAGCCACUGCUUUUCCUCCAGGCCCACCGGUUCUAGGCACCUUGGUUUUGUGGAUACGGUGGGCAGAAUUAACAUCACAUUUCUAAAGUUCAUUUUAAGCUUGUUCCUUGUUGCCAUUUAUGAACAGAAUUUUCCCCCCUAUACGUUUUCUGACUAGGUGUUGCCGGUGUAUAAGAAAGCUGUUGGUUUGGAUGCUUGAUCAUUCCCUAUGGAAGAUUGCAGGGUUGUGCUUUGUGUUCGCAAAUGGCUUGGAGCUGCCCUUUGUGAAGAUGCUUCCACCGUGGAGGUGGGGCAGGGCAUUCCACCAGGAAAGCCUGUGGGUGAGGAUGGUGAGGACUGAGGGAAGAAGAUCCUGGGAGCCUCUCACCCCAGACCACGCACGUCUGGUAUGCCCAUGCUAGCCUGUCACUGUGUGCGAGCUCUUUGGACAGACAUGCGUGUUCUUUUACAUCAGAUCUAUCAGGGAUUCCAACAAGGGUGAUAAGUUCCUAAAGCUUAGCUUACAAAACAAAACAAUACUAGUAAACUUUAAACUCUAAGCUCUUUGCAUCUCUGCAGCCCCUUCUUUAGUUCCUGUCCACGUAGCUGGCUGCUCACUCAUCAUGAGAGCUAGAUUCUGUUUGGCUGACUGUCUCACUGCAGUGUGGCUUCUGUCCCAUUAAGCAUCCAGGGCUGCUGAGAACAUGGAUCUGUUUUGGUUUUGUUUGGGUUAUUCCCUGAGGAGAUUUCCUAAAAUGGAAUUCCUGCAUCUGAAGAAUGACUGUGAUUGGUGGAUGGACGGUGCUCUUUGUGCUUGCCCCUUUGUGGGGGUGGCAUGGCCUUGCUCACAGUCUGUUAGGGGACUCAGUGGUGGUGAUUCUGGCUUGGGGGGUCAUCCAAACAGGACUUGUCGUGCCCACCUGUUCUCUCUUCUUGUCUAAACUGUGUUUUUCUCACAGAGCAUCUCACAGGGCAUCAGAAUCAUGGAGGUCAGGGUUGGGGAGAGGGCGGCUUGUUAAAAGCCAGUUUGGGUACCCUGGAUGACUCUGUUUUCCUGCCUGACAGUUGUUGGUUUUGAGAUGCACAGUGUUUUGUACGUCUUUGCUUGAAGUCACAGGCUUGUUCAAAAUUAGUAUCACUUCUUGUGUUUAUUUUGUUUUUUUUGUUUGUUUGUUUGUUUUUUAACCAGUCGAGGCGCCUGGGUGGCUCAGUCGGCUGAGCAUCCAACUUUGGCUCAGGUCGUGGUCUCGCAGUCCGUGAGUUUGAGCCCCGCGUCGGGCUCUGUGCUGACAGGUUGGAGCCUGCUUCAGAUUCUGUGUCUCCCUCUGUCUUGCCCCUCCUCUGCUGAUGCGCUCUCUCUCUGUCAGAAAUAAACAUUAAAAAAAUGUUUUAAAAAACAAAAGAAUACAGUCAUCUUAGUUCCUCGGGCUUCCAGAACAAAUUACUGUAGACUGGGUAGCCUAUAAAACAACAGACAUUUCUCAAAGUUCUAGAGGCUGGAAGUCCAAAUUAGGGUGCCAGCAUGGUCAGGGGAAGGCCCCCUUCAGGUUGCAGACUUCUUGCUGUGACCUCACGUGGUGGAAGGAGUGAGAAAGCUCUGUGGGAGUCUCUUCUUACAAGGGCACUAAUCCCAUCAUGAGGACUCCAGACUCAUGACCUAAGCACUUCCCAAAGGCCUCACCUCCUAACACCAUCCUACUGGGCAUUAGAAUUUCACCAUAUGAAUGUUGAAAGGACACAAAUCUUCAGAUCGUAGUAAAAAUACUGUGUGAUAGUAUAACACAUACUAUGUGAUAUGCUUUUUUUUUUUUAACUUGGUAAUGUGUGAAGGUCAUCUAGGUAGAGAUCCUUUGUUUUUGUGCUUUUCUAGGACUCCCCCCGCCAGGUAGGAAUCUUUUCCUUUGCACUCUCCACCCACCUCUGUUUCUCACUCGUGUUGACAGCCUGGUUGUUUGGAGUUAGUCUAAUCGAAUGAGAUAACACUUGGUCCAGCGGCAUCUGACUCUGCGCCCAGUGGUUCUGAACACUGUCUCCUCUUGAGGCCCACAGAGGAGGGAUGUGAUCUUCCUGUUUUACGGGUGAGGACAAAGCACACACAUACCCUUCAUGGCCCUGGAGUCAUUGUUUCUGAAAGAGGAACAUUUUGGACAUGCUCUCUGUGUCCCACGGUGUCAUUUCCCUGUCGUCUAUCUAGUACAACCUAAAUCUUUUCUCUUAGUGGGUCUGUGACCUGUGUGUGGAAGGACUGUGGGUUGGCAGUCACACCAUCCUCAUCCAUUCCAGCGGAGUUCCCACUGUCUAAUGGCAUGUCUGGUUCAUCUACAUAACUGUUAGGUGGCUUUUCUGAGACAGGGUGUAGAGUAUGGUGUCGUCGAUUUUUUAAUUUCAUUCACUUACUCAGCAAACAUUGGCCUGAUGGCUGCUUUGCUGAGACAGGAAGGGAGAAGGAGGACUGGGCAAGGCAGAGGCCCUCAAGAUAAGGGGUCAGGAAGGACCUCAAUGAGAAGGUGAUGUGGCCAAGCACCAGCGAAAGGGAGGGAGCCUCCCUGGCAGAGGGGAGGUUCAAGCAGGGUUCUGAGCAGCCUCAUAGCCACAGAGGGGCCAGGAAGUUAGUUGAAGCCAAGGACAGUCGCUAUUCCCAUGGAAGACAGAUGCAUGACCCUGCUGUAACAGGGCCAGGUUCUGGGUGCACUAGGAGAGUGGAUUUGGAGUAGACUGAAAGAAUGAGGAGGAAAGGUAGUUUCAGGAUCAGGUCUUGGGUAGAGGUGCCCAGACCAAGCUGGGGGCAGAAAUAGGAGCCUAGUGUUAGAUGUUAAGUAUCUGAGAUGCCAAAGAACAUCUCCAUGAAGAUGUUGAGUUGGAGGGAAGGGGAUUGCCAGUUCAACUGCACCAAAAAGGAGACCCUAGGCUCCACUGAACAUUCAGGCUUGUAGGAUAACCAUGGCCAGUGCCAGAUAUGUGCAGGAUGUGGGGCAGGAAGAAGCACGGGCAGGAGCAGGAGUUGGUCUGGCUUAAGGCCUUAUGGCCACAUGUGCCACAUGCCUCCUGUGUCAUCUGUACCCACUGGGAAGGCCCUGAAUGAGGUUCCUAUUGGUGUUUAUCGUUGGAUCCUGGCCUAGUUGCAGUGGGGCCAUAGUCCCAGUGACUACUUCUGCCAGGUUCCCAUAGGACCAGAGCUGUAUUAUACAUGAAGGUCAAAUUCUCAAACAGGUGAGGAUGGCUGGAGGCCUUGGCUGAGGGAGCAAUGUCCAGGAAACUUGGUAGAGACCAACUUGCAGGAGCACAAGAGACCAGUGUCAUCCUGUCAACAGGGGGCAAGGAUCUGACCACAUGGAAGUCAUGGGAGACCCUGACCAGGGCCACUUUCUGGUGGGGUGGGGGUACGGAGACCUCUCAUGGAGAGGUAUCUGGACGAGACCAUGGGGAAGAUGACUGACAAUGAGAGAUGGCAAGUCUGUGAGCUGGUCGAGUGGAUGUGGGUGUUGGAUACACUGCCAAGAGGGCAGGAGGUGGAGUGGGUGGUGGAAAUGGCUUCCUCAUCUUUGUUCUGAGAUCUGGUGAGGCAGGCCCACCCUGCCUCACACCCAUUUUUUUCAAAUUUUAUUCUUAAUCUGUUAUCCACCAUCUAUCGUUCAUGUGAAUUCAAGGUAGUUUUAUUCCUUUAAAAGGCACCUGUUGGAAUCCUAAUUAGAGUUGCACUGACACAAGCACACACAGAUUUGGGGGGAAUGGACAUUCUUGAUGAAUAAGUCUACCAUUGUGUUCCGCAGAGGCAGCUGCAGUUGGGAGUUCAGGAUUUGUCUUCCCAAAAGUUGUCCAUGCAAACUUACACAUACAUCUGAUAUUCUACAGAGAAAUCAAACAAACAGAUGAAGCACCCUGUUUGUUGAGGUACCUGCUGAGCUGCAUGCAUGAGAAGGUUGAUCACCAUCUUGUACCAUUUUUCCUAGAGUGAUCUGCCCACUUGGCUUCUGUGUCCCUGUUAUAGACACCCUUUGGCACUCCAAAAGAUGUGAACCCCAUUCCCCCAUUAGGAGAGCCUUUGGUCCCCCUUUUUUUCCCCCGUAUUUUGAGUAUGAUAGACAUCUCAGCUUAAUUUAGCCUGAUAAGCCCCCAGAACCCGCUCACCCCCAGGCCUCCACAUCAGGUGUUCAGACCAAAUCCCUGGGUGACUCUGUACUUAGUCCUCCAGAAUCAACCAUUUGUCCUGCCUCCGUUCCCAGUCCCUGGUGGAGCCACCACCAGGCUGAUGACCCCAGCCUCAGUGGAGCAUCAGGGCAACUGGGGCACAACCACAUGAGACUGAGGCGUCAGUGGGGCCACAGGAGUUACAGUCAAGCCAAGCAUGCCGGACCUGGGGUGAGGCCCCCACAGGAGUGUGGACCUUGAGGAAAGCCUGUCUUCACUGGAAGAUUGUCUGUGGAGGCAGCCUGGCCUGGCACCCACACCAGACCUGAUGAACAUUUCACACCUACGUGAAUGCUCUGGCAUGGGCCCUUGUGCCUAGACUGUGGGCCUGAGCAGGUGCCUCAGAGUCCUUGCUAGCUCCGUAGCUGAUCAUAAAGACCCCAGGUCUGGAGAGCAAAACCUUGUGGCUAGGCCCAUGGGAAGAGUUCACAGUGGGGGCUAGACUCCCUCAGAACUCAGGGUCUGUGGGGGCAAGGGUGGGCCCCUCAUGUGCUCCCUCCUCUUCCUCAGCCCCACAGGCUCCUCUGACUUCCACCUUCCUUGGAAACCUCAAGGGAUCACGCGAUGGCAGCAGCCAGGCUCCUACCACCACCAGCAGGACCCCAACCCCUGUCAUUCCAGGCCAAGGUGACCUUUGAGGAUGUGGCUGUGCUCCUCUCCCAGGAGGAGUGGGACCGCCUGGGCCCUGCUCAGCGGGGCCUCUACCGACACGUGAUGAUGGAGACUUACGGCAAUGUGGUGUCACUGGGACUUCCAGGAUCAAAGCCCAACGUGAUCUGUCAGCUGGAACGAGGAGAAGAGCCAUGGGUCCUGGAGGGGCAAGGGGCUAAGGAGACUGGGGGCUUGGGCAUUGGCCAUUCAGAUAACUCCAAACGUGACCACAUGGCAGCUGGUAGGCAGCAAGACAGUUCACCCUGUCCAUGGGAAUAUGAAAACAAGGGAGAGAACCAAAAUAGGGACUUGAGUCGGAAGCCAUUUAUUUCAGAGGAAAUAUCGGUGAUCCUGGGGAAAGCACCCAAAGGAUGGAUUGAUCAAAAAAGUUAUGAACCUGAGCAGAGUUUCUGUGUGAGUCCAAGCCCUGUUGGCCCACCUGAAGUUCAGGUCUUGAGCCAGAGUGUGCCUCUCUCUCAGAAUCAGGCUGUUCCUAGUGGGGAGAGACCCUACAAGUGCACCGAGUGUGGGAAAUGCUUUGGUCGGAGCUCCCAUCUCCUCCAGCAUCAGAGAACACACACUGGAGAGAAGCCCUAUGUGUGUGGUGUGUGUGGGAAGGCCUUCAGCCAGAGCUCUGUCCUCAGUAAACAUAGGAGAAUCCACACCGGCGAGAAGCCCUACGAGUGUAACGAAUGUGGAAAGGCCUUUCGAGUGAGCUCAGAUCUUGCUCAGCAUCACAAGAUACACACGGGAGAGAAGCCACAUGAGUGUCUUGAGUGUCGGAAGUCAUUCACUCAGCUCUCGCAUCUUAUUCAGCACCAGCGGAUCCACACGGGAGAAAGACCCUACGUGUGCCCACUGUGCGGGAAGGCGUUCAACCACAGCACCGUCCUGCGCAGCCACCAGCGGGUGCACACCGGGGAGAAGCCACACGAGUGCGCACAGUGCGGCCGUGCCUUCAGCGUGAAGAGGACGCUCCUCCAGCACCAGCGGGUGCACACCGGGGAGAAGCCCUACACCUGCAGUGAGUGCGGCCGGGCCUUCAGCGACCGCUCCGUCCUCAUCCAGCACCACAACGUGCACACUGGGGAGAAGCCCUAUGAGUGCGGCGAGUGUGGGAAGGCCUUCAGCCACCGCUCCACACUGAUGAACCACGAGCGCAUCCACACAGAGGAGAAGCCCUACGGGUGCUAUGCGUGCGGGAAGGCCUUCGUGCAGCACUCUCACCUGACCCAGCACCAGCGGGUGCACACCGGGGAGAAGCCCUACGUGUGCGGUGAGUGUGGACACGCCUUCAGCGCCCGCAGGUCUCUGGUCCAGCACGAGAGGAUCCACACAGGCGAGAGGCCCUUCCGCUGUGCACAGUGUGGCAAGGCCUUCAGCCUAAAAGCAACACUGAUCGUGCACCUGCGGACCCACACUGGGGAGCGGCCCUACGAGUGCAGCCGCUGCGGCAAGGCCUUCAGCCAGUACUCUGUGCUCAUCCAGCACCAGAGGAUCCACACGGGCGAGAGGCCCUACGAGUGCGGGGAGUGCGGGCGCGCCUUCAACCAGCACGGUCACCUGAUCCAGCACCAGAAGGUGCACAGGAAGCUGUGACCUCCUCUGCCACUAGGAAAACUCCCCUCCCCCACCCCACCCCCCUGCCCCCCCAGUCCAGGAGAAGGUUCUGGUAGCUCCGUGGGAUGCCAUUGUUUGGUCAUUUAGUGUCACAAGUAACUCCAAAGAGAAGCACUGAGCAUGUUCCUAUGGAAGAAUGACAGAGCAUGCCUGUUUUGUUCUCCUCCACAUCUUGAAGUUAUAUUGAAGAGUAAAUGACACAACUAUGGUAAAUUUUGGUAAAGACACCCAUAAUUCUUUAACAUUAGAAAGUUUAUUGGAAGAAACUGAAGGAAUUGAAGACAUAAGGAUUACUAUCACAAUGAAACUUUCUUACAUUCUAAAUAAAGAUUUUGCUUAGAAUAUUACAUGCCUUUCCUAAAAACAGUAACUAUUCUAAUUAUUCCCUCUAAAAUUAGAAUUGGAUUAUGUGCAGUAUUCUGUGAAAACACUAAAGUGUGUGGAUAAAAUGAUAUAAAAAAAGAUUGUCAUCAAGUAUCAUAAUGUAAUAUGGCUAGAAAUGCUAAGUGUGUGGAAUCACUUGUUUUGUAUGAAAAAAAGAAAAAGUCUAAAUAUUAGUGAGAAAACA